UGGGAGAAGACAAAGCUCGUCAACGCGUCGAAUUCCUAGCGGCGAUUGUCGUGGUAAGACCGCGAGAGAUCUGCAGCCUCUUUUCGCCCGUUGCCGUCAUCCGAAAGCAAUCGACUGCGCAAUCACCUCCAGCCUGCCCUCUCCACCCUCAUUUCCUCGCUCUCACGAUCCUCAGCACACUGCAUCCCCCAACAUCUGCAUCGGCGUGUCAAGACCUUCCCGCCCGCCCCUCGAUCCAAUUUAUGAUUGCUGGAGGAUCCUCGACGCGCAUAGACGGCUCCAUCUGAUUCGACAUCUCCCGGCAGCUGUGGGCAUCAACGCCCCCCUCCGGUCAGUGCACGCGGCCAGCAACCGUGCAGGUCAGAAAGUCCCCCACCUGCACCACGGCACGUCUACGCCUAAAGCAACACUGCAUAUUCGCCUGCAGCUGCAGCACUGCAUUACUACCGCCGACCCCUCGCCCUUGCUUACCAUGCCGCUCUCACACCACACAGCGACCGAGCAGCACAGGAAGAAGAGACAGUUCCAGCCGUCUAUCACGAGCUACUUCCACACAGCACAGGACUGCUCCGACAACGACUCCUCUGACGCUGACAACGACUACCAGCGAGGAGGACCUAGGCUCCGACACAUCCCCCAAGCCAAACCACACCACCCAACCCUCGCACCUGUACUCCCCGACCAAGUCCAAUCCUCGCUCCUCACCGUCGGCAUGCGCGUCCGCAAAUCCGUGCCCGAGGGCUACAAGACACCGAAGACCGUUCUGCCUUCUCUGCAACCCACAACCGCGCAAACACCUCUGCGAAAACCACACAACGCAUUCCGAGAAGCUAACCCCACGCUCGAAGCAAUGAAAAUCCCCGUCGACACACUCGCCUCCACACUGCAACACCAGCGCGAACUGCUGCCCUUCUGCGGCUUGAACAAGAUAGGCGGGUACGCCGAGCAACCAACGACGAAUCCACAUCUCUUCAGCGCCACGAACUCUUUCCCUCUUCCCACACAAGCAUUCUCGCAGCCGUUCUCGAGUCAGGAUUCAGGACAUGGGACAGACAUUCAACGCGCGCAUGGGAAACGGGGGUGGAACGAGGAGGACGAUAAGCCGGGCUUCCGCUUAGGGAGCAGCAACUUCCUGUUCAGCAUACCGAACACGCUGGGAGGUGAGGAGGAUGUGCCUGUCAGCCCGUUAUCAGAGUCGCCGCCGCCGAGUCUACCACCACAACGACAGUUCGCACAGCCGAAGUCGAGACGGCAGGGCAGACUGACAGCAGGCGAUGUGGAUAUGGAUAUGGAUUUCGAGAGUGUGGGAAUGCACGAAGGCAGGCUGGCGGCGGGGCAUGCGAGUGACUUCGAAGAAGCGGAUUUCUUGGAAGGACAUGAGGUAGCUAUGGGUGGUGUCUAAACUUGCCUCACGGCUUCUGCGUUUUGGGUUACGGCAUGAGAUUGCUUCUGCUUUAGCGACAUCAGCGCUGCAUUGCGCUGUUCUUCCACGGUUCGUGGCAUUGGGUAAAAGGCGUCCUCAUCUUGGUUUAUAAGGUAAUGAUUGUGGCAUGUUAGGUGUAUACCCUCUGGAUUUAGUAUGGAUGUUGGUAUAAUGAGUAUACGUUUGUAGUGUAUGUCAAGAUAUGCUUGUCUUCGCU